CGGCGGGUGCCUAGUCUCGAUGAUUUCGUGGGCCAAAGCUGGAGCGCUUGGGCUGAGAGAGCCGGUGUGACUACGUCGGAAGAUCAUUGCGGAUCAAACGAAGAAGAGGUGAUGGAGGAACCACCUUGACUAUUGAGAUGCGCCCAAAGCCCAGUAGCCAUGCAUUUGUAUCCUGUAUGCCUUAUCCCCUCUGAUGAAAUUCCCUGACCACUGCGCCUCAGUCACAGAGUCUCUGUUUUCAGGCUCUGAUGGAGAUGACUGCAGCAAGAAUGGGAAGAACGCAGCCGAGGCAAUGUCUCUUAGGAAGGAAGACAUGUCUAUCUUCGGCCACUACCCGGGCCAAGAUGACUUCUACCUGGUGGUGUGUAGCCACUGUGGCCAGGUGGUCAAGCCCCAGGCUUUUGAGAAGCAUUGUGAGAGGAGACAUGGCCCCCUGAGCAAGCUGUACGCACGCCUCCGCCCCCCCCCUCCAGCCCCCCAGCAGCGACCCCGCCACAGCCACUCCCCAUCCUCCACUCACGCAACCUCCUCCUCUUCCUCCUGGGAAGGGAGGGGGCAAGGGUCCGGGGCACCACGAGCAGCCCCCCCAUCCCCAUCCACACCCCCCCAGUUAAGACAUACCAAGCCCCCCAAGGAUGUAGUACGCCACUCCCCGCUAGAUAAGAGCCCCCACAGUGGUCACUCUGAGUCGGCUGUGUUUAAGCAGCCUCCACCCCUGGAGCCUCCCCUGAGCUCCCCACUCCCCUCCCUCAGAGACCCACCCUGGCCCCAUGGAGACACCCCGCCCGGCCGGCCCUCCAACAGUGAGAGGACACACACCCAGAGGAAGGAGGCCACAUCGGCCCCUACCCUCCCUGCCCACCUUCGUGGACCAAGACCCUACAACAAAGUGGCCUCCAGGAGAGAGUGUGAUCUCGACAAGCACUGCGGAGUACUAGACCCCGAGAGGAAGAAAGUCUGCACUCGUCUCCUGACCUGCAAUAUUCACUCCAUCCACCAGCGGCGGAAGGUUCCUGGUCGGAGUAAAAACUUUGACCAACUGGUGGCCGAGCUGAAGACGGGGGCCCGGAUCCGUGAGCGGGGGGGUCAGACCCAGGAGGGGAGUGGCUCGGGUCGGUCCCCCAGCCCCGAGGACCCCCCAGCACCCCCCCACUGCAGGAGACCCCUCACCAACAACCCUGCCUUCAGUCGGUCCAGGGCGUCUUUAGAAAGCGCUCCAGAGGAAGACAAACCUUGUCAGGAGGAGGGUAGCGCCCCAUCACCACUCACCCAAGGGCGCAUCUCCAGCGACGAGAGCGAGGGAGAGGGGCCUGAGGAGUCGUACGAAUACCCUUCCUCCUCCUCCUGGCACCCCAAACCAGCCGCGGUGUGCUCAUUUGGCAGUCAUGAGAUGGGUCGUGGUGUGUACACCUUUGACCGACGGCUCCACCAUCUGCGGUCGGCACUCAACGCCAUGGUGGAGCAGCACAUCAGCGCCCACCUCUGGAAGAAAAUACCUCAAGCUUCAGACCUCCAGUCCCAGAGUCCCUCUACGAAGAACAACCCCUCUUCCUCCUCCUCUUCCUCCCUGCAUUCUAAAGUCAGGACAGGAAGCCACAGCACCCCCUCCCUCAGGCCCCCCUCUUCUUCCUCCCACGGACCAGGAAGGGAGACACGCCUACAAAUCCCCUCCCACUCCACAGCCAUUAACCAAUCAGAGAACUCCAGUGCUAGUGGCAGCCAAAUUGUAGCCCCGGCGACCCCUCCUGUCCGUCAGACAGGCCCAGGGCGGCCACCAGGGCCCGGAAGGCCCAAGAACCCGGUAGGGCGACCCAGCAAGCAGCAGCUGAGACUCAGAGAGGAGGCUGCUGCUGCCGCAGCCCUCCGUAAGCGCAAAGCCCCGUCACAGGAGGGUGAGCACUGCGGCCCAGACAGGAACUCUAUCAUCCUCCAGGACCGGGGACGGCCCCCCUCCACUUCCUCUAAGACCACCCCGCCCACUCCUCACAGCCAGACCAAUGGUACUCUCUCCCCCAGCAGCAAACCCCGCCCCCAGCCAUCCCCCUCGGAGCCCCAUUCGCCAGCGGCAGCCUGGGCGUUUAAACGGACACAUCCAACCUCUGGACACUCUUCCUCCCCACCCGACCCUCACAGCCGAGGUGGGGACUCAGGACUACACGGGAGGGGGGCGGCGGGGUACGAGCACAGGGGGCUGGGGAAGAAACGCAAGGGGGGCAGCAGUGAACCCUCGCCCCCCUCUAAACCGCACCGCCUUCCCUCCUCCCCUCGCUCCAAUUUCUACCCCUGGAAGGACAGUAAGGGGGGGGCGCUGCCUGGUGGGUUGGAGAAGAAAAUGGGCACACAGAAGCCAAAACUGCACCAUUAAAAGUGCUUGCCUUACAAGCCACUAUGAGGGAGACAGCCCUGUCUGCGUAGUCAGACAUCACAGGACUCGAGAUGUGUGUGUGUGUGUGUGUGUGUGUGACUGGCUAUUCAACCCAAUGUCGAUGUGUGCAGGUGCAUAUGUCUAUUGAAGCCUGUAUGGGAAUGAGUGUACAGGUGUAUGUGGGAGAGAGUGCUUAAAGACCAAUACAGUAUGAGCUAUGUGUUGUUCAGUUCCUGAGUCGGAUGUGGAGGUGUGUGUAUGUUUGUGAGUUUGCAGAUGUUGGUGAGUGUGUGCAGGACAAAGGGGACACGUGAAUUUCUGUGUGUGAAUUUAUAAAUACCUCAAGACCUUCUGGUUAUGCUGCUAAAUUAAUAUGUUGAUUUAUAAAAAUUGUUUAAAAAUAU